GAGAGAAGAAGAAGUGUCAAGUUUGUUGUUGCACGAUGAACAUCAUACGCACGGCAUAUAGCUAACUAGCGAAAUACUUAGGUAUACUUCUGCUUACAUAAAGUGUGCAUUCAUUUUCACAACCUAGAUUUGCAUUUUUGCCCUUGAUAAGUAAAUAGCUCAGGAUGCCUGAGAUUAAAGUGACCCCUUUAGGUGCUGGGCAAGAUGUUGGUCGAAGCUGCAUCCUUGUUUCCAUUGGAGGCAAAAACAUAAUGCUGGACUGUGGGAUGCACAUGGGAUUCAAUGAUGAUAGGCGGUUUCCAGACUUCUCUUACAUAACCCAAAACGGACGUCUGACAGAAUUCCUGGACUGUGUGAUCAUCAGCCACUUCCACCUGGACCACUGCGGUGCUCUGCCUUACAUGAGUGAGAUGGUGGGCUAUGAUGGGCCCAUCUACAUGACCCACCCCACCAAGGCCAUCUGCCCCAUUCUGCUGGAGGACUUCAGGAAAAUCACAGUGGACAAGAAAGGGGAGACCAACUUCUUCACAUCUCAGAUGAUCAAGGACUGCAUGAAGAAAGUGGUGCCCUUGAAUCUUCAUCAGACUGUCCAGGUGGAUGAUGAACUAGAGAUCAAGGCCUACUAUGCAGGGCAUGUUCUUGGUGCUGCAAUGGUGCUGAUCAAAGUUGGGUCAGAGUCCGUGGUGUACACAGGUGAUUAUAAUAUGACACCUGACAGACAUUUAGGGGCUGCGUGGAUAGAUAAGUGUCGUCCUGACCUGUUGAUCUCAGAGUCCACCUACGCCACCACUAUCCGCGACUCCAAGAGGUGCAGGGAGAGGGACUUCCUGAAAAAGGUGCACGAGACGGUAGAGCGGGGAGGCAAGGUCCUCAUUCCUGUCUUUGCCCUCGGAAGAGCUCAGGAACUCUGUAUCCUAUUGGAGACAUUCUGGGAGAGGAUGAACCUGAAGGCCCCCAUCUAUUUCUCCACAGGGCUCACAGAGAAAGCCAAUCACUACUACAAACUCUUCAUCACUUGGACCAACCAGAAAAUUCGCAAAACAUUUGUUCAGAGAAACAUGUUUGAGUUCAAGCACAUCAAGGCCUUCGAUCGCUCCUUCAUUGACAACCCUGGACCUAUGGUUGUGUUUGCCACCCCGGGAAUGCUGCAUGCGGGGCUGUCACUACAAAUCUUCAAGAAAUGGGCCAGCAAUGAGAAGAAUAUGGUAAUCAUGCCUGGGUAUUGUGUGCAAGGCACAAUUGGACACAAAAUCUUGAAUGGUCAGAGGAAACUGGAGAUCGAGGGAAGAGCAACGCUGGAUGUGAAGCUGCAGGUGGAGUACAUGUCCUUCAGCGCCCACGCCGAUGCUAAGGGCAUAAUGCAGCUGAUCCGCAUGGCGGAGCCUCGCAACAUGCUGCUGGUGCACGGAGAGGCCGUCAAGAUGGAGUUUCUCAAGGGCAAGAUCGAGCAGGAGUUCAGUAUUAACUGCUACAUGCCAGCUAACGGAGAGACGGUCACAGUGACCACCAACCCCAGUGUGCCAGUGGACAUCUCACUCAACCUGCUAAAGAGGGAAAUGGCUCUUGGAGGGCCUUUGCCUGACCCUAAGAAGCCUCGUACUAUGCAUGGAACCCUAAUCAUGAAGGACAAUAGUCUGCGGCUGGUCUCUCCAGAGCAGGCUUUGAAAGAGCUGGGCCUUAAUGAGCACCAGCUGCGCUUCACCUGCCGUGUUCAGCUGCAGGACUCCCACAGCGAAUCAGACACACUCCACAAGAUCUACACACACCUCAAAAGCGUGCUGAAAGGUUACACAGUGCAGCACCUUCCGGACAGUACAGUCAUGGUGGAGUCCAUAGUCAUUAAGGUGUCAUCCUCGGCUGAGGACCCCAACACCAAGGUCCUGCUGCUGUCCUGGAGCUAUCAGGAUGAAGAUUUGGGGAGCUUCCUUUCCACUCUGUUGAAGAAAGGGCUCCCAAUAGGACAGUGCUGAACCAUCUGUUCACAGUCCUCAAUUCAGCCCAUUGUAAAGUUUUGUUUGUUGUAUAAAUCUGAUUUCAAUAAACCUUUCAUAAU